AUGGGCAGCCUCCUGGGCCUCACUGUCACCAAGGAGAGCAGUUCUGAUACUUACCUGAAUAAAACUAUAAUUUUUCAUUCCUUGCAAUUAUCAGUCAACAGCUUAGUUUGGUGUCUACUAGAUGUUCUCUCUCAUCUCUUGCUACAUGUCUCAGCCCUGGACCCCUGCUCAGCCUACAUCAGCCUGAACGAGCCCUGGCGGAACACAGACCAUCAGAUCAACGGUUCCCACGGGCAGCCGACGUGCGACAGCCAGAUCGAAGGGGAGUGGUAUCGUUUCACUGGCAUGGCUGGUGAUGCCAUGCCCACCUUCUGCAUCCCAGAGAACCACUGUGGCACCCACGCUCCCAUCUGGCUGAACGGCAGCCACCCGAGAGAGGUGGAUGGCGUCGUCCCGCGCCAGGCCUGCGCCAGCUUCAAUGGCAAUUGCUGCCUCUGGAACACCACCAUUGAAGUCAAGGCAUGUCCAGGCGGGUACUACGUGUAUCACCUCACCAAGCCCAGUGUGUGCUUCCAUGCCUACUGUGGGCAUUUUUAUGACAUCUGUGAUGUGGUGGAUUGCCAGGGCUCCUGCCUGGACUCUAGUGACUGCACGUGCUCCCCUGGGACAACACUAGGACCUGAUGGGCAAACAUGUCUUGAUCAGAAUGAAUGCGAGGAGAACAAUGGAGGCUGCAGUGAGUUUUGUGUUAACCUGAAGAACUCCUACCGCUGCGAGUGUGGGAUUGGACGCACGCUGGGAAGCGAUGGGAAGACCUGUGAAGAAAUUGAAGGCUGUCACAACAACAAUGGAGGCUGCAGCCAUACCUGUAUUGAAGUGGAAGACACAUACCAAUGUGAAUGUCCAAGGGGACUCGUUCUGUCAGAAGACAACCACACUUGCCAAGUUCCAGUGCUGUGCAAGUCAAGCUCUAUUGAGGUCAACAUCCCAAAGGACCUGGUUGGAGGCCUGGACCUUUCCCUCAUCAACACUUCAUGCAAAGGAGUAUCCAAUGGCACUCAUGUCAACAUCCAUUUCUCCUUGAAGUCCUGUGGCACUGUUGUAGACGUUGUAAAUGACAAAAUCAUUGCCACCAACCUGGUGACUGGCUUGCCCAAGCAGACUCCAGGAAGCAACGGGGACAUCAUUGUGCGCACCAGCAAGCUGCUGAUCCCGGUGACCUGCGAGUUCCCGCGCCGGUACACCAUCUCUGAAGGCUAUGUGCCUAACCUCAAGAACUCCCCCUUGGAAAUCAUGAGCCGCAACCAGGGCAUCUUUCCCUUCACUCUUGAGAUCUUCAAAGACAAAGAUUUUGAUGAACCCUACAGGGAUGCUCUUCCCACCCUCAAGCUUCGGGACUCACUGUACUUUGGGAUUGAACCGCUGGUCCACGUCAGUGGACUGGAAACACUGGUAGAGAGCUGCUUUGCCACUCCCACCUCAAAAAUUGAUGAGAUCCUCAAGUACUACCUGAUUCAAGAUGGCUGUGUUUCUGAUGAUUCAGUGAAGCAGUACACGUCAAAGGACCACCUUGCCAAGCAUUUCCAGGUUCCUGUAUUCAAGUUUGUGGGCAAAGACAACAAGGAGGUCUUCUUGCACUGCCGCAUCCUCGUGUGUGGAGCGCUGGACGAGAGCUCGCGCUGUGCCCAGGGCUGCCGCAGGCGUGUCCGCAGGGUGGCUGUGACAGAGGAGGAGGAGGAGGAGGAAGCUGGUCACAUGGCAAACCAUGUCCUGUCUGGUGGACCCAUCAGAAUUGACUUUGAUGACUAACAUCCACCCUCUGGAACGGCCUCUCCACCUGCCACCAGCCUUCUUCAUCAAUGCCUUCUGCCAUGGCUGUUUGAGAAAUGAAGCAUUUGGUCAAGCCCCACUUGAACCUCAAGACUUGGCCCCACAACUGCACGAUGGUCAUCUGUGGGCACACAAGGCAGCCCUCCCAGUGCCACCCAGACUGCAGAACACUUUGGCUUUACCCACAUUCCUUCCCAACAACCCUUUGGUUGAAGGAACCCUGUUGCUUUGCAGGCUUGAAACAUUACCCAGCUUUGUUUUUCCCUACAUCUGCCUGCAGGCUCCAUGGAACUGUUCCUCCUUGAGUAAACCAACAUUAUUCCAGUCCUUCUUUCAUCAGGCAGCACAAGCAGCCUCAUAGGUAAAGGUGUUUGCUGUGCUGCUCUGUGAGUGAUGCUGAAGCUAAUAAAAACAUGUAUAAACA